AUGGACGAUCUUCCUUCCAAGUUGGCAGAAAUUGAUGGGAUGGAAACUCAUCAAGACUCCAAAUUGAAUGAAAAACACCAUCAUCAUCAUCAUCAUCAUCCUUCUUCCAGUAGCAGCAGCCGAAGGUCGUCACAACGAAAAAGGCACAGCAGUCGACGAUCUUCUCAGGGAAGGGAUAGUAAUGGUAGUUCACGACAUCUUUCAAGGCGAUCGUCUACUGACAAUAAACGUCAUGGUGAGGAUGGGGAAGAAGAAGAAUCAUCAUCAUCAUCAUCAUCACCAUCAAGUAGACCGUCACAUUCCAAAAGCAAUUCGGAGAGAAUAAUAGCUUCGAGUCGAUCGUCUUCAGGCUCAUCAUCAUCAUCAUCAUCCAAUCGACGAUCAUCUUAUAAAAGGAGCAGCUCGGAGCGGUCCUCCAGUCACCGUUCGGAUAGUCGACGGAGCAGCCGAUUGCGUCACUCAAGCAGUACUACUAGUAGUAGUGAUAGUAGUAGCAGAUCCUCCACCAGAAAAAAGACCACAGAUGGUAUUGGGAAACUGGAUGUUGUGAACGAAAAUGAAGAAGAUGAGGUUCCAAGUCAUGAUUAUUAUCACAGAAGUAUCGGAGAGGUUGAUCAUUCGUCGUCUCAUCAAUCAUCAACUGAAAAAACUCAAAUGAGCAGCAGUGACGGCAGUAGUUCCGCAGUGGAUACAUUAUACCGAGACGAUGAGGAUGCCAAGGCAAAAGCGAAAGCAUCACAACGGGGAAGUUCGGGACGUACAAUAACUACCCCUGGUGUGAAGCAUGUUGGUAGCAGCAAAAGCAGCAGCAACAGCACGACUGCUGGUAGCACUUCUAGGAGCAUCCACACGCUCUAUGGAAGUGAUGAUGCAGAUGUCAAGGCCAAGACCAAAGCUGCAGCAUCACGUGCAAGUAUCCCUGGUGCUGCUAGUGUCGCGGGUAGCAAGCACAGUAGUGUAACCACCACAAGUACGCUGUAUGGAAGUGAUGCCGAUGCCAAGGCAAAAGCCAAAGCUUCAGCACCUGCGAGUGUUCCUGGGGUAGACAGAGUCUUGCACGAGAAAUCAAGUCCCUCCACUCGUACACGUACUUCGCAAAGCAGCACAGCCAUUGAUACACUGUAUGGCGACGAACACGAUGCAGAUACCAAGCGAAAGGCAAAAGCAGCCAGAGGAAGCCAAACAUCCACCACAAGUCCCGGUGUCAAGACUGUUUACCGAGACAACAGCACCCAUACUGCCAUCAGCACAUUGUAUGGCAGCGAAGCAGAUUCCAAGGCCAAAGCACGAAGUUCUGAGUUCAUUCCGAGGAGCCCAGGAGCGCAGAGUGUGGAUGACACAGUUCGGACUAGUAGCACUGUCGAUACUCUGUACGGCAAUAAUGAUACGGAUGCAAAAGCCAAGGCCCGAAUGGCAAGAGGAAGAGGUGCUUCAGCAUCGGCAGCAGCGCUUCCUGGUGUGGAAAGUGUGGAUCGCGAAUCAUCCAUCAUGCCGCCGCUGACUGAGGGUAUUGAAAGCGGAAGCGAGGACAACGCACUAGAGCCUGUUGCAAGAAGAGUGUCUAUGGACAGCACUGAUUCCGAGUCUGGUAGCAAUGCAGAACCGGGACGUAGGAGAAGGGGGCCAUUCCGAAAAGAUAUUCCAUCAGAGGCAAUGGAAGGCUUCCAUAUGCCAAAUGAUCCAGAGACAGUCUCGAAACGGCGCCGCAGCUCGAGUGACAAAGCAGUCCAAGAAAAACCAAAGAAGUCACAAAAGAAACGAGUCGCAGUUUUCUUGCUCCUCCUUUUCCUCAUUGGGGGAGGGGUAGCAGUGUGGUAUUUCUUGUUCCAAAAUGAGGGUGGAAGUCUAGAAAGCGAGAGCCGAACUUCCAAUAUUCAAGAACCAACCAAUUCGCCAACAAAAGUGAGCAUUUCACCACCAGGACUUCCGUCCUCUUCAGAAAACAGUACCACGUUUGCUCCAUCUUCAUCACCGUUGGAAAACUUGAUCUACGAGCCUCCAAGCAAUUCAGAUUGCAUGGCAAUCGCUGCAAACCAAACCAUUGCCGGACGAGAAACGAUGGACGAGGCCGAUUUUGAACUGGGAGUGGAAGUUGUCCUGAAGGAUAACAACACCAUGAUGGAACCGCUAUUGGACGAAUUUUUGGAUGCGAUUCAAGAAAAGAUUGUUCCGUCGUUAGCUGGCUGUUCUGUCAUAAUAGACGAGCUGGUAGAAGCGUGGCGUUUUGUGAUCUUCGAUGCAUUCGUGACAGGUAGAGUCCCGCCGGAUGAGGCUUGUAUAGAGGAAGACUUCGUGAAUUUGAAUUGCCAUCGAGUCUCGGUGAAGCUGGAUCUUUUCCUGAAAGGAAAUGUGCGAUUCAUUGAUAUCAUUGCCCUCAUCAGUGCUGAAGAGGACAAUAUUGCAAAUCAUCUGGAUCUCUCUGAUACAUUCUCGAUCGUCAAGCUGGUUACUGCAAAGAGUUUGAUAUCAACUUCUGCCCCUACAGACAUACCAAGCGAUAUACCGAGUUUUUCACCGACGGAAUUUCCUACGGCUCAAGGUAGCUCGAUCCCAACCGGCCUUCCUUCAGCACUACCUACGAGGGCACCCACUGGAGAGCCCUCGCUAUCUCCGACAGGCAUGCCAUCUAUAGCGCCAACGAUGGCGCCAACAACGCCCAUUCCAUCAAUGACACCAUCUUGGAUCCCCACAAGUCUUCCGUCUGAGAUCCCAAGUUUGCAACCAAGUGGUCUAUUUUCUGGGACCCCUACAUUCUUUCCGUCAAUUGAUCCAAGUUCAACACCGACUAGGGCUCCAUCCAAACCACCAACUAAGAAUCCAACUCGUGCUCCGUCAAAGCGACCAACCCCAUCGCCCACAACAUCAUCUCCAAGUACAUCACCUACAGUUUCUCCAGCCCCAUCGAUGGAUCCUACGUCUAUGCCAAGUGGGACUCCCUCUGCGAGCCCAUCGCGUUCACCAACAAAUGUUCCAAGUUCCGAACCGACGAUCACCAGCUUUCAUUGGGUUACCUGCGGUCGCCGUGGUGCUUGUUCUGGUUUGCCUGCUACACUUCAAAACUCAAACUAUGAAAGCAUUGGAGGGACUGGCCGUGAGAUUGCCAUUCGAUGUUGUUCGGAUACCAGUCUGCCGGGAUUCAGGAAACGGACUACUUCAUGCCCAUACGCCGAGUCUCCCCUUGCCGGGGUUUGUUACAAUAGUGUGACUCAUCACGAAGCCGUCGAUUUGUGCACUGGAUUAGGGGCAAGGCUUUGCACGCAAGCUGAAUUAGAUGGUGAUUGUGCAAGAGGAUCUGGGUGUGGGCAUGAUGGGAGAUGGGUUUGGACAAGUGACCCAGGCCCAUGA